AUGUCUUCCAACCAAGACCCAAACGCUCUCAAGCGCAAGAGAGGAGUCGAGCAAGAUACUUCAUCAAAGAAGAUAAAGGGUGUCGUGUUACCCAAUGAUACGGAAAAUACCAAUCCGAACCUGAAACCAAGCAAAAUUCCAAUUCCUAAGCAUUCUCAAGGCACACUACUGAAUUCUUCUUCUCUUUCAAACAACUCAAGUACAUCAUCACAUAUAAAGGGAAGCAACUCUACAAGCAAUAGAACUAGUAUGAUCAGAGCAAAUGCUACCUCCAGAAUAACCACCAACCGAGCGAGCUCUACGCCAACCUCCAGAGUCUCACAGUACCAAAAAUCGAGCAACACCUUGCUCAACAACACAAGGCAAUCCAUGUCAAGAACCUUGUCAGCUCCACAAAAAACAAAACAACAAAGCUUUCAAAAGCAAGAGCAAGAAUCGACAAAACUUGAGCUGGAUCAAACCAAAUCAGAGCUAUCGCAGGUAUAUGAAGAGAACAAGCACCUCAAGUCUAAAAUUGAUGAACAACUCCUUCAAUUGAAGGAUUUGGUUCAGCUCGAAGAAAAGACCAAAUCGCUUGAAACUCUUUCGUUAAGGUAUCAAGACGACACUGUCCAACUUAAAUCGAUUAAUAAGUCUCAAGAGAUUGAAAUCCACGCUUUGAAAGGGUUACAAGAGAAGCUUCAAAUUGAUAACAUUGACCUUAGAGUUAAAGUUAGCUCCCUUGAAAAAGAAAUUGAAAUAGAGAGGAAACAAUCUGAAAUGGAUAAAGCGACUCUUAAGAUACAAUACGAAAGUGAAAUUAGAAUACAGAAAGAACAUUAUGAACAACAAUUGCAUGAAAUUGCGGAAAUUAAAGACAAGGAACACAAUUCAACCAAGGAAAGACUAACAAAAGAAAUUUCAAGAGUUAAAAGUGAGCUUGACCGCGUUCAAUUCGAGCUUACUUGUUCGAUCGAAGAUGCAAACACAAAGAGUGAAAAAAUUCGUGAGCUUGAGGAGAAGAUCCAACAACAAAUUCAGUACAUCCAAAAUCUAGAGAAUAAGCGACAUCAAGAUGAGAGUGAAAGAAGACGACUGCAUAAUAUUAUUCAAGAGCUUAAAGGAAAUAUCAGAGUUUACUGCAGAGUCAAACCAGCUCAAGAAAUGAAGUGUAUUUCAUAUCCUGAUGCAGAUGUAGACGAAAGAUGUAUCAACAUACAAGAAGACUCUAGAGUUACUGCAACAGGAGCAACAGCAGAAGGAAAGAAAUAUUAUUUCCAAUUUGAUAAGGUUUUCAAGCCAAAUUCUACACAAAAAGAAAUCUUUUUUGAGAUUUCUCAGCUUGUACAGAGUGCACUCGACGGAUUCAAAGUUUGUAUUUUUGCUUAUGGACAAACAGGUAGUGGUAAAACAUAUACGAUGGAGGGUCCUCCAAAAGAUUUGAUUAGCAACCUUGAUCCAGAGAAGCAAGAAGAACUUUCUGGUAUGAUUCCCAGAAGCGUUGAUCAAAUUUUCGAAUCUGCAGAAAAGCUAAAAGAAAAGGGUUGGUCAUUUACUGUUGUGGCAAGUUUUUUAGAAAUUUAUAAUGAGACCAUAAGAGAUCUUCUUGACUCAACAAAUAAGGACAAUUUAAAAUAUGAGAUUAAGCAUGGAAAAGAUGGAUCAACAACCGUAACUGGUUUGAAAUAUGUAACAGUUAAUAGACCUCAACAGGUGCAAGAACUACUCAGAAUUGCUUCUAAGAACAGGGCAGUGGCAGCAACAUUGUCAAAUGAUCGAUCCAGCAGAUCACACUCUGUUUUCACUCUUCAGAUCACUGGAAGAAAUGACAACACAGACCAAACAACUCAAGGUGUUUUGAAUUUAGUAGAUCUGGCUGGAAGCGAGAGAAUUAGCAACAGUCAUCCAACUAAUAGUGACCGAAUGAAGGAAACACAAAACAUUAACUUGAGUUUGACAUGUUUGAGCAGUGUUGUAACUGCUCUUGCCAACAAGGCUAGCUAUGUCCCCUAUAGAGACUCCAAACUCACAUUUCUUCUUCAGAACUGUCUUGGAGGCGAUGCUAAAACACUCAUGUUUGUCACUAUAGACCCAGAAAAUGUAAAUGAAACGAUCCAAUCACUUCGCUUUGCAGCAAAAGUGAACUCUUGCGAAAUACAUGCCACAAGAAAGAUCAAGUAG